AAGAACGAAAAGACACCAGAAAAGGAAAAUGAGUUUGGAGGAUGCCCUAGUCUUCACUUCUCCCCAUGAAGAUGAAGACGUCUUGUCGUCCUUUGAAGUCCCCUCAAUGGUUUUUCUUCCCAUGGUCUUGAAAGCCGUCUUUGAGCUGGGGAUUCUUGAAUUGCUGGCCAAGAAAGGCCAGCUCUCUCCCUCCGACAUCGCGGCCCGCCUCUCCAUCGACAACCCGGCGGCGGCGGACAUGAUCAAUCGGAUGCUACGGCUCCUCGCCAGUUACUCCAUUGUCUUGUGCACUCUCGUGGAGGACAAAGGCAGCCUCCCUCGGAGGCUCUACAGCCUCGGGCCUCGGAGCAAGUACUUUGUGGACAACAAUGGACCUUCUGUUGUCCCAGUUCAUAUGCUACUCCAAGACAAGACUAUCCUGGAAAACUGGCACUGCCUUAAAGAUGUAGUUAAGGAAGGAGGAAUAGAUCUCUUCGCCCACAUGCACGGCAUGAGCGUGUUCGAUUACAUGAGCCAAGGCCGAAACCCUAGAUUCAACCACAUGUUCAACGAGGCAAUGAAGGCCCUGUCGGCAAUAUACGUGCCCAAGAUCGCUCAGCAUUACAGUGGGUUCUCAAAGGCGCAGACAGUUGUCGACGUGGGGGGUGGCAUCGGCGAGACCUUGAAAAUUAUACUCUCCAAGAACCCCCACAUCCGCGCCAUCAACUACGACCUGCCUCAUGUGAUCGCAGCUGCUCCUCCCAUUCCUGGUAUAGAUCAUGUUGGAGGAGACAUUCUAAAGGCAGUUCCUAAAGCAGAUGUCCAUUUCAUGAAGUGGGUUCUCCAUUGCGGGAACGAUGAGUUCUGCGUGAAAGUGCUCAAGAAUUGCUGGGAGGCGUUGCCACCGAGGGGGAAAGUGGUGAUCAUUGAGAUGGUGAUGCCGGAAUAUCCCGGUACCGACGAGCUCUCGCAGAGCACAUUCUUUAUGGACACAAACGUCCUGAGGAUGUCCAAUGGUGGGAAGGAACGGACGCGGAGGGAGUUCGCUGACCUUGCGCGCGUCUCGGGGUUCCAUGCCCCGAAAUACGUUCUGCGCGCAUACGACCAGUGGUUGAUUGAGCUUCACAAGAAGAUGUGAUGAUCGCGAUGGUCGAUGGCUUCUUCUCAGUUUGAUGAUUGUUUCACUGUGCUAACAAAAAAAUUACGUUAGGGUUGGAGUGUUUGGGCAACUGAUGAAGAGGCCAUUUUUUAUGUUGACAAGCAAUAAAUUGGUCCUUCUAAAUAAAAUGAGAUUUUCCCUU